CAGAGACUGCUCCACGCUUGCGUCGGGCUGCUGCAAAUGCUAUGUAAAGAUGGCUGGUCCGUCCGGCGCGCUGCCGCGUGCUGCCGCUGUUGGCCCCAUGCGUCUUUGUGCCUUCGCCCUUCCUUUGUCUUGCGAGUGCUGGUCGCUGCUGGACGGUCGUUCCGUUCGUUCGUUCCUUUCUGCUCGGCAUGAGGCAGUCAAGGCAGUCACUUUAGCUCCAGAAGCUCUGUAUCAACCCCGGCAGCAUGUUGUCCGAGACCUUGUCCUCGUGGCUUAAUUCCUUUGCCUCAUGUUGCGGCGCCCGCGAGAAGCCUCGGUCGAGGGCGUCGAGUCCCGGGAGGAACGUCGUCGUCCUGAGGGACCAGCCCGCCGCCAUUCCGCGGCCCUCAGCCGAGCCGCUCUGGUCGACGCAGAGGACAUAUGAGAGAGCGCUGGAGCGGGAACGGCAGAAGGAGAGGGAGAAGGCACGCCUCCGGCGGCCAGGCAGCCGAGACAGCAACUCCGUGAGAAAGCUCUGGUCCUCGAGGUCGUCGUCGUCGACACGCCGCUUGCGGAUAUCGGGGCCGACCAACUUCCGCCAUCUGCAUUCCGAGUCGUUCCAGUUCCCUUCUCCGCCGCCGUCCCGUCCUCAGCGCCGGGAGCGCCCGAGUUCGUUCCGGCCGAUCGAACUGAGCAUCUACCAGCCGCACAACCGGCUGUCCCCCAUCCUGCCCCAUCUCGAGUUGGACGUCGUCACCCCGCCGCCGCGCGCCUACACGGCCAGCAGCGGCAGGACACUCGUCCACGAACGGAGCCACUCGUCCAUGUCCUUCCACAUUCCCCGGAAGCAUGUACGGCAGGUAUCCGGCAUCUCGGACGACAGUUCUCCGAGCUCUCCGAGUCCUCCGAGGAUACCACCCAAGUCGCGGGCGCGGGCGUACACAGCGCCGAACACGGCCAGGAUUGUCGAGCGCAUCGCGAGCGCCUUGCUCGAGAAGGAGCGGCUGCAGGCCGAGAUCGACUCGAUAAUUGAGCGGCAGAGCAUCUACCUGGGCAGCCGCCCGUCGACCGGCUACGACAUGCGGGGCCUCGAACCCAUGCCGUCGAUCCCGGCGCUGCCCGCGGCAGCACCGUCCUUUGCCGAGAGACUCAGCGUGGAUGACCGUCCUCGCACGGCGCCCUCGCACAUGGCAGGCACGAACGUCCAGCAACAGCCCCUCGAGCUUCCAACAACAUCACCACCGCCGCCCAGAACGCCCACACCGCGAGUUUACCCACCCCAGCCGCCGCACUCCACCUCUUCCCACCACACUACCACCGCCACCAACAACCCCUUCGAAAGCGACCCCGACCAUCUCGACCGCCCGCUCGCCCCACCCCUCCCACUCGUCCUGCGCCCGCCCCUCCGCAAGAAGAAGUCCUUUUCGCGCGUCUCCAACUGGCUCUUCCACCCGGACGAGCGGGGGGCCGUCCCCACGGGCCACCACCAGAGCAGCAGCAGUAGCACCACCGCCGCGGCCAGCGGCGCCAUCAUCACCACGACGCCCCGCCCCGUCAAGGAGUCCGACGGGUUCUACCAGUGCGUCGCGCCGCCCGAGGGCCUGCCGCGCACGAGCAUGGAGACGACGACGUCCUCGUCGGUGCGCACCUGGACGACGGGUGGUGACGAGGAUUACAACGGCCGCGGCGAGGUGGGGGAUGAGGAUGAGGAUGAGGACGAGGACGAGGACGAGGCCAAGACCGUCCCGACUACCACCACGGCUGCAUGGUCGCCCGUGAUGACGCCCAAGCUGGGGUCGAGGCAUACCACGCCUGUGAUUGGCGGCGGCGUGGGCUUUGGGAAAGGCGGGGAGUGUUUUGAGAAGGAGACCGGCGUUGCGGUUGGCGGUGCAGCUGACGAGCUGGGGAUGGAGCUGGCGGCCGCCGGGACGGACGGACAUCGUCCGCUGAGCGUGGGUGUCGCGCUCUGAACCCUCUUUCACUACUUCCUUUUACACCUUGUAUUCUCUUCCCUUUCCGUCCCCGUUUAG